UGUCUUUUUCCGGAGCCCCCGGGUCCUAAAGCCGGGCGGAGGCGACCCUUGCUUCUUUCGCGGGCACCACCAAUUCUAGUCCCCUCCAGGCAGGAGCCCGGGCCGACGGAGAGGACUCAGGACACUAUCGGACCCUGGGCAAAAAGAGGGGAGACGUCGUGACCCAGGCCCCGCCCCGCCGCGCCGCCCUCGUGCCCGGCACUAAGACCCAGCGGGCGCGCCGCGGGCCCCGGCCCCGGCCCCUUCCGUCCGCCGGGCGGCCAGCUCAGCUCGGGAGAGCCGGCGGCGCGGCGGGCAUGGCUCGGGCGGCGUGGGGGCUGCUGUGGCUGCUGCUGGGCAGCGUCGGGGCGCAGUACGAGAAGUACAGCUUCCGGGGCUUCCCGCCCGAGGACCUGAUGCCGCUGGCCGCCGCCUACGGGCACGCGCUGGAGCAGUACGAGGGCGAGAGCUGGCGCGAGAGCGCGCGCUACCUGGAGGCGGCGCUGCGGCUGCACCGGCUGCUGCGCGACAGCGAGGCCUUCUGCCACGCCAACUGCAGCGGGCCCGCGCCCGCGCCCACGCCCGGCCCCGACGGCGGCCGCGCGGACGAGUGGGCCCGCGAGCUGCGGCUCUUCGGCCGCGUCCUGGAGCGCGCCGCCUGCCUGCGGCGCUGCAAGCGGACGCUGCCCGCCUUCCAGGUGCCCUACCCGCCGCGGCAGCUGCUGCGCGACUUCCAGAGCCGCCUGCCCUACCAGUACCUGCACUACGCGCUGUUCAAGGCUAACCGGCUGGAGAAGGCGGUGGCGGCGGCCUACACCUUCCUCCAGAGGAACCCGAAGCACGAGCUGACCGCCAAGUAUCUCAGCUACUACCGGGGGAUGCUCGACGUCGCCGACGAGUCCCUCACGGACCUAGAGGCCCAGCCCUACGAGGCUGUGUUCCUCCGGGCUGUGAAGCUCUACAACAGCGGGGAUUUCCGCAGCAGCACGGAGGACAUGGAGCGGGCCCUGGCAGAGUACCUGGCGGUCUUUGCCCGGUGUCUGGCCGGCUGUGAAGGGGCCCAUGAGCAGGUGGACUUCAAGGACUUCUACCCGGCCAUAGCAGAUCUCUUUGCAGAGUCCCUGCAGUGCAAGGUGGACUGUGAGGCCAAUUUGACCCCCAAUGUGGGCGGCUACUUCGUGGACAAGUUCGUGGCCACCAUGUACCACUACCUGCAGUUUGCCUACUACAAGUUGAAUGAUGUGCGCCAGGCUGCCCGCAGCGCCGCCAGCUACAUGCUCUUCGACCCCAAGGACAGCGUCAUGCAGCAGAACCUGGUGUAUUACCGCUUCCACCGGGCUCGCUGGGGUCUGGAAGAGGAGGACUUCCAGCCCCGGGAGGAGGCCAUGCUCUACCACAACCAGACCACCGAGCUGCGGGAGCUGCUGGAGUUCACCCACAUGUACCUGCAGUCAGAUGAUGAGAUGGAACUGGAGGAGACAGAACCACCCCUUGAGCCGGAGGACGCCCCAUCUGACACCGAGUUUGAGGGGGAGGGUGACUACGAGGAGAGCAUCUAUGCUGACUGGUGGCAGGAGCCGGAUGCCAAGGGUGACGAGGCUGAGGCUGAGCCAGAGCCUGAACUGGCAUGAGAAGGGGGCACCCCACACCCCUCGAGCUUGGGAAGCCUGGGCCCGAUGGCCCCACCCUCACCAGCCUGAGCAGCAGCAAUAACUUUUUUUUUUUUUUCCCUGAACAUCUUUCUUAAA